AUGCCUCCUUUGAUCCAAGCAUCAUGCAAUACACAGAGCAGCUGUGAAAGGUGUGUAACAACGAGAUCAGGAUCAGGGUCAUGCCGAUGGUGUCCGGACACUAACACAUGUCAUACCCGUAGUUCAACACGUAAUAACUGUAAAGAAUGUUAUUCUUACACAAUAUCAAAUUUGUGUAACAUCAAAGUUUUUUCGAGAUGCAGUCGAAAUCUGAAGCAAUCAAACCGUGGGUUUAAUGUGACAGAAGCGUACAACGCGUUGCUAUUCUCAGCUGUUGCCUAUACAGAUGAUCCGAAAGCUUGCAUUAACAAACUGUUUCCUUCAAAUGACCUACGACUUACUGAAAUCGUAGGAACAAUAUCAGUUGAAUGUGCUUGGUAUUUCAAAUACAAGGAGUGUUUCGCAUACGUAGCCGUAUCAAAAACGUUCAAGAGUAUCAUUGUUGCAUUCCGAGGGACAUCUAACUCUACCCAGUUGGUCGAAGAAUUUGCCUCAACUUUUACUUUUAAAGUUUCAUCUAAAAUAGGUGGGUCAAUUCUAAGUUACUUCAACAAAGUAAACACACUGAUGUAUGGUUGUUUGAAAAAAUCUGUCGAAGAUGCUUUAAGGAAACUACCUGGCUAUAAAGUGUACAUUGUCGGACAUUCCCUUGGCGGUGCCUUGGCUUCGGUUGCCUCAGGAGAACUCCGUUAUGACGGGGUUAUAACUAAUGCACAGAUGACACUCUUCACUUUUGGCAUGCCUCGGACUGGAAACGAGAUAUAUGCUAAAAGGCAUGACACUAUAUUAUCGAAAAGUUUCAGAGUCGUUCACUACAACGAUAUCGUUAGUAGACUACCACUAAUGAAAUUAGGAUAUUUUCACCACCAGUUGGAAAUAUAUUAUAGAAAAGACAUGAAACGGACAUCUUCUUAUAUCGUAUGUAAUGACUAUGAGGACAUGGAAUGUGUAAAUAGUGUCUCUGCGUCAUGGUCGUCAAUAGAAUAUCAUAAACAUUACUACGGAAUAGAUGUUGGUUCGCACUGUGAUUCUAUAACAAAAAAACGUCGCAAAAGGUCCGACGAAGAUUCCGACUUGAGACAUCUUUUCAGGUCUGACAGAUGUACCCGGAUUAAAAGUGAAGAUAUUCCGGUAAGCAAUGCAAAACCGCCCAGUAACAUGACCGAACAUAUUCUGAUGAUUCUUUUAAUGUUGCUGAUUAAAAGCCAAUAA